UCAGAGCAUACCAGAAGCUGAGCUUGCGGACGCGCACGCUAGUCAGCGACGGCAGACGACGCUGGUAACACCAGAAAAAUGUCCGCCGCCGACGUCGCCGAGGAAACCAAGGCCGACGUCGAGGCCGUGAAGUCCGUCGAGGACGCGAGCUACCCCACGACGGCGUCGCGCGAGCUCUCGCACACCAAGCCAAGUUUCGCGGCGGACGCGGACCGCGGCCCCGGCGAGCGCGCCUUUUAUUGGUUUGGCAAGAACGUCGUCGGCAAACGGCCGUGGCUCGUGCUCCUGGUCGUCGCGGCGCUUUUCGCGGCGCUCACGACGGGGUUAUUCGUGGCGAGCAAGACGGACACGGACCUCUUCGGCAGCCUGGUCUUGAGGCCGGGCUCGCGCGUCGACCGCGAGAGCAAGAACACCCAUAGAAAAUUAGUGGAGGGCUACGAGUCCGGCAGCGAGGCCACGAACGCGCGCGCCACGCGCGGCGGCAAGAACAUGCUCACGCGCAAGAACAUGAAGCAGGCUAUCGCGUUCUACCGCAAGAAGAACGUGAACGACGUCUCGGUGACGCAUGGCGGCGUGACCUACGAGUCGAAGGACAUGGCCUUCGCGCGCUACGAGUACAUACAGCUGUAUUACUUCCAGCUGUAUUCGAUCAUCAUCGCGUGCGGCCUGUUCUUCGGCGUCGUGAUCUUUCCUGGUCUUUUGGCCGCCGCGGGCGAAGAAAACGACAACUGA